UCCGAGCCAGAUUGAGGAGGGAUCCUUAGGCAGGAUAGGGCACUGGAGCAGUUGGGGAUGCCUGGAGUUAUGAGUUUGGGAGAUCCCAGACUGCAGGGCUUGGGAGGGACCAGCGCUUUGGUGGUAACAAGUGGAGGUUUGCAGGUGAUGCAAAGGGGGAUCUAAGGAUGAUGAGGGAGAAGGCAGGAAAGAGGGAGAUCCCAGUACAGGGGCCAGAGGGAGGGGACAGGAUUGAGAGGGAGAUCCCAGGCAGCACCCAGUAAGUGAGGGAGGGGGCGGAGCAGACACACACUCAGUCUCCCAGUGACACUUGCUCAUUACAGGGAGCCUCAGAGCGCAGAGCAGACUGGCAGCACCUUCCAGGCCGGACUCACAGCUUCUCUCUCCGCUUGGAGACCCUCGCCGGGAGGUGGAUCCGGACCCAGCGCCGCCCCAUGGCUCUCCCGAUACUGCCUCUGCUUCUGGCCGGACUCCUGCGCACUUGUGCCCCCAGCCCCACUCCCGAGCCCGGCUGCCCCUCCUGCCACCCCCCGAUGGAGCCCGAGAUGCUGGAGGCGGUGAAGCGUCACAUUCUAACUCUGUUGCACAUGCAGGAUCGGCCGAACAUCACACACACGGUGCCCCGGGCCGCCAUGGUCUCUGCCCUAAGGAAACUACACGCCGGCCGCGUCCGGGAAGAUGGGAACCUGGAGAUCCCUGAUCUGGAUGGGCACAGCCUCCCGCCCCCCGGGCACAGCACCGAGAACAGCGCCGAGAUCAUCAGCUUCGCCGAAACAGAUGAUGUGACAGCUUCCAGGGUCCGCCUCUCCUUCACUAUCGCCAAUGAGGGGAACCAGAACUUAUUUGUGUUCCAGUCCAACCUGUGGCUGUACCUGAAGCUCCCAGAGGUGAUGGAUAAAAGCCGGCGCAAAAUCCGUAUAAAGGUGCAUUUCCAGGAUGCAUUUAAUCCUGAGAAAAUUAACAUGGUGGAGAAAAAAGUCGACAUCCGGAGAAGUGGUUGGCACACCUUUCCCCUUACUGAGGCCAUCCAGUCUCUCUUUGAGGAAGGGGAGCGGAGGCUGAACCUGGAGGUCCAGUGUGAUGGCUGUGGGGAAUAUUCAGUCAUCCCUGUCUAUGUUGACCCUGGAGAAGAAUCGCAUCGCCCCUUUCUGGUGGUGCACGCCAGGCUUGCUGACAACAAGCACCGGAUCCGUAAAAGAGGCCUUGAGUGCGAUGGACGCACCAAUCUGUGCUGUAGACAACAGUUCUACAUUGACUUUCGCCUUAUUGGCUGGAAUGAUUGGAUAAUAGCCCCUGCUGGUUAUUAUGGGAAUUACUGUGAAGGCAGUUGCCCGGCCUACUUGGCUGGAGUCCCUGGGUCUGCGUCGUCCUUUCACACUGCGGUGGUGAAUCAGUACAGAAUGAGAGGGUUGAACCCAGGGACGGUGAACUCGUGCUGCAUUCCCACCAAGCUCAGUACAAUGUCCAUGCUUUACUUUGAUGAUGAGUACAAUAUUGUCAAGAGGGAUGUGCCCAACAUGAUUGUGGAAGAGUGCGGCUGUGCAUGAUGGGAAAGUUAAGGACAGUACCAAGUUCAUUGUGAUCCCUUCUGCCCAUGGGAUCUUUGGAGGUCGAUGUCUCACACUUGAGAGCAGUGGGGUCUGUGAGCCUCCCAUCGCAGACUUGUUCCAAUACCUAAAUAAUAAUAUCACAUGGGACUGUCAGUGCCAGUGGCCACCAUGGUGGGUCACCAGCGAUCAGCAAACAUGUUCAUUUCAUGCCAGCGAGUCCUGGCAAAUGGAUAAAAGCAAAGAGGGUUUCACCUGCCUUAGGAGGCAGUAGGGCAACCAUGAGGUUACAUUCCUUUAGUCUCGAGUGACCAACCAAAACCUCCUCUGACCAGGUAACAGCUGCCUCCGACUCUCCAUGUAAUUCGCCUAUAGCACUUUUUAUAGAGGAAUGUAUAGUUACAUUGUAGUGGAACUAAAGGGGGGCCAUGUCUCCUGCACUGCUUGGUGAUGAUGGUGGGACUUAGCAAGCACUCGAAGACACCACCUACUCCAGUCUAGCUCUUGACUACAAUAGAGGACAGCGCUUCCGUUCUGCCGUACAGCCGCAAGUGACUCUUAUACAAAUAGUACUGUAACCUGCAGUCCUUAUCUCACAACCCUCUGAGCUGCCUCUUGCCGCAACUAGAGUGACCAGGGCUCCUUUGAUUGACUUGCCUUAUUAUUGACCUGUAGCCUCACAGAGGGCGGAGAAGUUAGCGAGCGAAGAAAUGGUCAUAAUGAUCCUUCUGCCGGAAUAUCCAAGGUCCUUUACCUUAAAAGCAUAGCACUUGCAACUGCUGAGGACACAUUUCAAAACAAUUUGCACUUCUCACUGCCUUGAAUAGAUGGCACUUGACAGUGCACUUAGCAUGACUCACUAUCCAGUCGUCGGUGGGUCAUCCUGCACCCAGCUUGGGCUCUAAAAACAGCUCUUGUAUCCACAAAAUGGUGUGCUGUAUCUGUGGCUUUGGGAGACAAUUCCAUAAGAAUCUACCUGCGCUAAGGCUGUGUCGUUGACAUCAGCUAUAAUAUACUGUGCCCAGACAUGGUUCCAUCAGCUUCAGGGCACACAUAUCAUUUCAUUCAGUUCAUGGUGAAGCCUGAUCAUCAACUCAAACCCUCAGAGGCAGCAACUGCUUUGGCCCCUCUGGCACUUAAAUGGUUAAGCAGGGGGGUCCUCUUGGUGCCCUUGCAAUGACCAAGCCUCACGGUGACUGGACUGGUCCUAUCAGUCCCCCCAAAGGGCUGUGUGCCUGAGCUAUGCAUUUCACGUACACUGGACAGGAAAGACUUCACGGCAAUCGUAAUUUUUUUUGCUAAUAUAUAAAUAUCUAUAUUUUUUAUACUUGAAAAUGAAUUUUGUUGGCUUAAAUGUGUGUGGUUUUUCUCUGAAGCGAAGGAAUGCCUGUGACGUUUUGCACUGAAUCUGCGCAUUAUUCAACACAAAAAGAAAAAAAAACUGCCAUUUUUUAUUUGUAAGGGAGAAAAAAAAAGAAAAUUGCUAUUUUUAUAGAGAUGGAAUAAACUUUCUACUGUAUUAUAAAACAUUUUGGAACCAAAGAGGCCAAUUUGUCAUUCCGAGGCAACCGCUGUAUUUUAUUUGUACAUUUCAUCUCGUCUUUUCUACUGCAAUUGAAUGUAGAACCGGGGAAUCCGGCCUGUUUAGUAUCAAAUGCGCGCAUUCCUAAACCUUCUCUUAUUUAAUAUGGCGUUUCCUUAGUAACAUUACUUAUUCAUAAUAAUAAUUUAAAUACCAAACGUUGCAUUUAGAAAUUCCUGUGCUGUACAGUUACAAUAAAGAAGAAUAUGGAAAAGA